GAUAAUGAAGUUAUUGGCUAGUAUUGUCGUCGAACGAGGCUUGUGUGUCACAAUGCAUCGAGUUCGAGUUUCCUCCGUGACAGAUAAGCCUGAACAGCACGGCAUCAUACUUUCGUUGCCUGAACUUGCAAUACGUGGACAGCAGUGGUCACAGAAUGACUUUAUUCUACACAAAUCGAUCGGGAAAAGUCGAUUUGGGUCUGUACACCUCGCCACCAAUCGCCGUUCCGGAGAACAGGUGGCCCUAAAGAUUCUCGAUAAAAAUAAAUUAACCGAGCAGCGGCGUACAUGGCUGGAGGAAGAGCUCUAUCUGCUACAGAAGCUCUGCCAUGAGAAUAUCAUUAAAAUACGUGGCUGGUUUGAAGAUGGGCCCAGCCUUUUUAUCAUGCUUGAAUAUGCUGAAUGUCUCGACGUUUCACAGUAUGUCCGUUCCGGCCGGUUUCGCGCGAUGAAGGUGCCGGAUGCAAUAGGUGUGACCCGACAGAUACUGAACGCAUUGUUCCAUCUACACGAGAGGGGUAUUUUACACCGAAAUAUCGUGGCUAGUACAGUUUUACUUAAGCCGAUAUUAGGUGAAUUAGGUACGGGCCGUCCAUCGCUUUUCGCACUCCUAUCGGGAUUUAGUUGUACCAUCGUGGUUCGCAAGACGUCGCGCAGAUGCUGCUCACAACCAAACAAUGAAACAUGUGGCUUCAGACCGGCGACGUACGCUGAGAACCUUAGCGGAAAGAUAGACUCCUGGUACGUUGGUGUUCUAAUGUUCCACAUGGUGACGGGAUAUCUACCAUCAGUUCUUCCAAUGGCUCACCGCCUGUCCGAUCAGCUCGCAGCUGCUGCACCUGGUGAGUAUGUGCAGCUGGCUAUAUCGUUGGCCAAUGAAAAGCCACUUGAGCGGCCCAACAUAUCCGAUGCCCUCCAGGAAUGCACCAGGGUGUUGAAGGUCAUUUGUCCUCAAGAAACUCGCAUCGAAAAAGCUUUGAAGCCUACGGGAACUACACCGAAAGAGUCUCAAAAAAUUAUGAGAAAGCCCGAAAAACUUUCCAAACCGCCAGAAAGCUCUUCGAAAGUGUUCGAAGCCUCGCUACCAGAAAAAUCAACGAAGGUGUCUGAACCUCUCGCGGUGCAACUGAUGGACCUCACAAAAAUGCCAGAAGCCCCUUCAAAAAAAGCUGUUUUGGCUAUAAAACCAUUUAAAAAACUUUCUGAGACAGUUGAAACGACCACUAUAAAGCCUGAGAGCAUAAAACAAGCUGAGGACAAUAUAAUGGAUCAACCCCAAAAUGUCAUAUCUAUGUAUCAUGAAUCUAUGAAACGAUCUAAAGGUCCUAUAAAACAAUUUGAAAAGCCCCCGAAACCAUUGAAAAGCCCCUCGAAGGAAUCAACGAAGCCAUUAGAAAGCCCCACAAAGGAAGUUAUGAAACCAUCGGAAAGCCUCGCACGUAAGUCCCAGCGUCCAGCUAUUGAGCUCCAAAGAUUUUCUAAAUUACUAAAGAGUACCACACUAAAGUCCGAAACUUUCUCUAAGUUGGCGGACAAUUUCACAAAGUCUCAGGGCAUUACUAAAUCUAUGGACAGCUCCAGAGGCAAAUCCCAGACCUCUACUAAAAGUAUAGAUAGCCCUACUGGAAAGUCCCAGGGUCACAUUAAAUUGACGGACAGCCUUACGGGGAAGUCUCAGAUGGCUGCGCCAGAACCCGAGCACAUGAAACAUUCUAAAGGGGUUUCUAAACGCCAUGAAACGUUGGGGGUACAUCCUAUAAGCAAUGCGAAACAACCUGGAUUGUUUUCAAAAGAACCUCAGAGUCUAGUAAAUGUAUCAGAAAAUGGCAAAAAAUUGCUAGUGCUAACAAAGAAACCUGAAAGUUCAAAAAAACAACCGAAAGUGCUCGAAAAACCGUGUCAAAGACCUAAAAGACGGCUUCAAAGCACCGUGCAAUCGAUGAAAAGCGUUAUUACAAAACCUUUAAAGCAAGUUUGUUCAAUAACGUCCAACGGAAAUUCCCAGAAUCUUAUGAACAUAAUUGAACACUUCAGGAAACAAUCGCCGAAUCUCACAAGUCGAUCUGAAAGACUUAAAAAAAAAUCGCGUGACAGAUCGCGUGACUCUACGAAAUUAUCGGAAAGCUCAAGUGAGAUGUCCCCAAAGGCAAUGGGACCAUCUGACCGCCUAGCAAAAACUGGGAAUCGUAGAAAAGUAAAGAGUCACAGAAAAGCCCUCAGCCCUCAGAAACAAGUUCAACCAGCUCCCAGAAAAUCGCAGAACUUUGCGGAAUUAACGGACAGACCUAGCAGAUUCUCCAAACCAGCUAGAAAAUUACAAAGCUUUAAAAAAAUUCGAAGACGCUCAAAACAAUCUGAAAGAUCCAUAAAAAAGUCACCAAGCCCUGUGAAAUUUGGGGUAGCACGGAAAUUGACGGCUCGAAUCGGAAAACCUGAAGCUCAAAAUGAAAAAUCCCCAGCUGCAAUAAAAAAAACGGAUAUUCGUGUAGGGAAAGUGCAAUAUCUUUCGAAAGCAGUAAAAAACUCCGUAAUAAAAUCUCAAAGCUUCGCAAAAAAGUCCGCAAGCUUAAAAUUGCAGGAUUUUACUAGGGCCUCAAGCCCGUCCGCAAAAUCUCGAGAUUUUAUAAGAAGGCCGGGAAACCUUUUUAUUAAAUCUCGGAACUUUGCAAGAAGAGCUGCACACUCGGCCAUGAAGUCUCGGGUUUCAUCAAGAAAACCUGAAAUCACAAGCAUAAAACCUCAAAAUUUUGCUAAGAGCAGCGAAAAAAAGAACAUGAAAUCUGAAGGCCUAACAACAUUUGCCGAAACACCUAGUAGAUCUAAUAAUUCAAAAAGAUUAACUGAAAUACCGAUAGGGCAAUCUCCGAGUCUAUCAAAGUUGACUACCAACCGGAAUGGAAAAUGUGCAAAUUUGAUGACAACCCCCCAAAACACUACGAAAUGCAGUGAAAAUUUUGUGGGUUUUUCUGUAGAUGCAGGGAAGCAAUCCGAGUAUACCUUGAAAGAAGGUAAAUGUUCUAUCCCGAAACAAGGAGAAAAAUUCGCGAGGCAACCUGAGCGUGUAUCAAAAGAAGCUGAGGAGGUUUCAAAGUCUGAGCAGGAUUAAAGUUCAUAACUGUUUAGUCCAGAAAUAAUCGCGCA